AUGUUACGCCGUCAGGCACGCUUGCGCAGGGAAUACCUGUACCGUAAAGCGGUAGAAGGACGACAUAAAACGCAGCAGGAUAAAAAAGAGCGCAUAAAACGAUCGCUCGAGGAACACAUUCCGAUCCAUGGCGACCUGAAGAAGGAUGCCCUGGCGUUGCAGGAGAAACUCAAAUGGACCGACGAAGGCCCCAAACGGGCGGCCGAAAUUGCCGGUGUCAGUGGUGGGGCGAACACGGUCGACUCGAAGGACGACGAGUAUCGUUACGCGGGAUGCGAAGACCCCAAGAUUAUGAUCACCACGUCCCGCGAUCCAUCGUCGAAGCUGAAGCAGUUCGUGAAGGAGCUGCGGUUGAUCUUCCCGAACGCGCAGCGCAUGAACCGUGGUAACUUCGAGAUGAAGCAACUGGUGCAGGCGUGCCGGGCCAACAACGUGACGGAUUUCAUCGUAGUGCACGAACACCACGGCGUACCGGACAAUCUUAUUAUCUGCCACCUGCCGUACGGGCCGACCGCGUGCUUCAACGUGUCCGGUGUCGUGAUGCGCCACGACAUACCGGACAUUGGGCCGAUGAGCGAGCAAAAGCCGCAUCUGGUUUUUCACAACUUCAAAACAAAGCUGGCCGAACGGACGAUGUCGAUCUUGCGCUACCUGUUCCCGGUGCCCAAGGAGGACUCGAAGCGUGUGCUGACAUUUGCCAACCACGAUGACUACAUCAGCUUCCGGCACCACACGUACCGGAUGGUGGACCGCGAACUCGAGCUCACGGAAGUAGGUCCCAGGUUCCAGCUGAAACUCUACCAGAUCAAGCUCGGCACGUUGGAUGAGCUCGAUGCAGCCGACACGGAAUGGGUGUAUCGACCGUACAUGAAUACGGCCGCAAAACGGCGCUUUCUCUCGGACGAAGAUGGCUGGCAGCAGGAAGAUGAAGUGGAAGGGUAG